AUGGAACAUAGGUUGUUUUCAUAUCAAGAGCUUUGUAAUGCUACAAAUAACUUCUGUGAAGCAAACUUGAUUGGCGUAGGAGGUUUUGGUGCGGUGUACAAAGGAAUACUUUCUGACGGAACAAAUGUUGCUGUGAAAAUUCUAAACUUGCAACUUGAGGAAGCUUCCAAAAGUUUUGAAGCAGAAUGCAAAGUACUGCGAACUGUUAGGCAUAGGAAUCUUGUUAAGGUCAUAACUUUGGAGUAUCUCCAUCAAGGUCAAUUAGGGCCUGUUGUGUACUGUGAUUUGAAGCCUGGCAAUGUCCUUUUAGAUGAAGACAUGGUUGCGCAUGUGGGUGAUUUUGGCAUUGCAAAGAUAUUAGCUAAAAAUAAGACUGCAACACAAACGGAGACUUUAGGUACAGUUGGCUACAUUGCACCAGAGUACGGUUCAGAAGGAAGAGUGUCCACUAAAGGUGAUAUCUAUAGCUAUGGAAUAAUGUUGUUGGAGACAUUCACUAGAAAAAACCCCAGAAAUGAAAUAUUCAUUGAAGAAUUAAGUCUGAGGCAGUGGGUGAAUGCAUCACUUCCCCAAAAAAUAAUAGAAGUCAUUGAUAGAGGUUUGUUGACAGUAGGAGGAGUUGAAAUGAGUUCCACACAAGGCAUUUUUGUAUCGAUUAUUGAACUAGGGUUGGAGUGUUCUAGAGAACUACCCGAAGAAAGGAAUGACAUAAAAGAAGUGGUGGCUAAACUGGAUAAGAUCAAAUUGCAACUGCUUUCCAACUAA